AUGAGUGCCAACAUAUUCGGGUCUGAUGACCCAUGGGAGAAUGGGUGGACAGCAGAUGAUAGUGAAGCUUCUAAAUCCGCUAUUCAAACCUUUGGAGCAAGCGAAUAUCUCACUUCAUCUCAAUUGCUAAGUAACAGAGGUUCAGUGGAGGAUAUUAGAGAUAAUCCAUUUGAAACAAAUGAAGCAAGAGUCCCUCAAUCAUAUAAGAAAGUUGCAGAAAAUUUGUCUUCUAAGUUGACUACUGUUAAUGAUAUAGAACCUGUGCUUUUAAACAAAAUUGUAACUUUAGGUUACUUGACUGACUUUCAAAGGAUGAACAUAAUGAACGUAAUUCGUGACAACAAUAUAUUACCACCAUCGAAGCCUGAUAAUCUCUAUAAAAUUUUGGGCUUGAUUGCAAUGGAAAUUGAUACUUCUGGCUCUGGUGACUAUGUGUCUUUGCAGUUCAAUUUAAAUGACUUACCUGAUUUACCCGAGAAGGUUGUUGCAGAACUUGUGACGGACCAACAAGAAGUAAGUGGUUCAUUAAUUGAUCCCUUGACUACGCAUUUAAAUACAACUUCGCUUACUGACAAGGAUUGGAGAAGCUCGUCCGAGUAUUCAGAUCCUUUAUUAGUUAACCAUGCACAGAUCAAAUCAAAUGAAACAGAAAGCAACUUAGAACAUGAUGUAGACCAAACAGAAGUGAAAAGGUACAUAAAUGAUAUACGGGAUGGAUUUCAGCCUCUUAUCAACUCGAGUGAUUUAAUUACAAUUAAAGAAGUUCCUGAGAAAGAGGGAUUAUUGUUCAAGCAUAUCAACUACGUUAUAUCUCAUGAAGUUCAACUUGGAAUGAAUGGUCAUGCUGGAGUGAAAAAAGUUAUUAGGAGAUAUGCCGACUUUGUUUGGUAA